AUGAGUGCACGAGUUCUUUCGGUCGAGUGCUCGCUGAUUGGUUCUCUAGGUUCAAGUCUUCUUGGGUCGUCCGAUCGCUCUUCCAGGCCCCUGUGCUAUUUUGAGUUUGUUGCCGGUCUCGUCCUACCGAGGUUCAUAGUUGCCGGCUCCUUAGCUACUGCUGCUGAUUGGUUAGAGUUGAUUGGUGUUGCUUCCGCUUGUGGCUUAGAUAUCAUUCGGUGUCCGGUUGUAAGUCUACUUGCUUGUUUGUGUGGGCUCGGCUUCGGUCCGGUUGGGCUAAGCGUCCUAAGCUCCGGCUUCGUUUUGGUUGGGCUCUCCGGUUGUUUUGAAUUUGGGUACUAUGCCUCCGUUGUUUUGCCUCCGGUUGGCCCCGCCUUGGGCGACUUGAUGUGUCCGCCUCCUCAUGGCCUACUUGCUGCUCGGUCCACAUUAGAUUGGGCUUCACCGGACUAG